GUUUCUAAUAGGAGCUUUGUAAUCUGUGAUAAUUUGGUCCUAGGAAAAUCUCACGAAACCCGAACAUAAUGGAUGAUUUAAACCCUCUUGCUGGAACAGCCCAUCUUUUGGAAGAGGUAGACAAGAAACUAAUGGUAUUGUUGAGAGAUGGUCGUACCUUGAUAGGAUAUUUACGUUCGGUGGAUCAAUUUGCCAAUUUGGUGUUACAUCGCACCAUAGAACGGAUACAUGUUGGCAAUGAAUACGGUGAUAUUCCACGUGGAGUCUUUAUUAUACGUGGCGAAAAUGUGGUACUUUUGGGCGAAAUUGAUCGUGAAAAGGAAUCCAAACUACCGCUUAAGGAAAUUUCUGUCGAUGAUAUUCUCGAUGCCCAGAGACGAGAACAAGAACAGCGCCAGGAAAAGCAUCGUCUCAUAUCGAAAGCUUUAAAAGAACGUGGUUUAGCUGUCAACGCAGACAUUAUCAAUGAAGAUUUCUGUUAGUCGAUAUGUGCUUAAAGUGAAUAGUCUACUUUUUUAUAUAUAUAUUUAUGUACAAUACUUAAGAAUAUAUUUUUUCUAAAUACUAAAUAAUACUUAUGACAAACGUUCGCUUUCUUCUAAAACAA